AUGUCGCCCAUCCUUCUCCAAGUCAUCAGUAGCACCUUGGCGUGGCUUUUUCUCUACUGGGGUUUUUUGUAUCGAAACAGACAUCGCAGCUCAGAAUGGAGCGGUCGAAUGGUCACUCUCUUGCAUGGCUUGAUGGUCACUUUCCUUUCUGGCUAUAUUGUCUUCAUUGAUGGUCCUUGGCCGCUGACUCAUGCAGGUCAUCCCAACACGCCACUCCAAGAGUUUGCCCUCUGUCUGUCACUGGGCUAUUUCAUCUUUGACUUCUGCUGGUGCAUCCUUUCGGACACUGAGGGUGACCUGAUACUCUCUCACCACCUGCUAAGCAUGGGCGGCAUGUCGCUGGUCUUGGACUCUGGCAAGUCGGGCCCUGAAAUCAGCGCCAUCGUCUUCGUGAGCGAGAUCACCAACCCGUUUUUGCAAAUGCGCUGGUUCCUCCGAGACAGCGGGCGCUACCACAGCUUUGCUGGAGAUGUGGUGGACAUCUUGUUUGUGGUUCUCUUCCUGGGGCUGCGGAUCGCCGGGGGUGCCUGGAUUAUGCAUUCCGUGAUGAAGUCCCCCAAGACAUUUGGGACACUCAAGGGUGGGAUCCUAGCGAUGUAUGGAGUAUCCUUCAUGUUUUUGGUGGAGAUCUUCAGUUUUGCCAAGAAGAAAAUCACCAAGAAACUCCAGGCUUGGAAAAACAGAAGAACCCGAGGAGAUCACACCAAGUGUAGCCGACAUCUUCCUAACUUGGGUAUCCGGGGGCCCGUUGAACCCAACCUACAAAGAGCAAAUGGAUCUUGUUGAAUUUGGAAUCUACUUUCCGCGCCAGAUCUGGAUUCAGGACUCGGCUCCAGAGCCACACCUAGAAUUCAAGAUGAGGUUCAGAAUGUGGCCAAAGUCAGGAGAAAUGGCCUGUGAAAAGAGGUUUGCAAGAGGAAGAGG